AUGCUUCAGCCCCUGUUGCUUAUGGUGAACUACAACAUGAAACAGAAGAAAGGAGCUUCGUGGCAGAGGGACAGAGCCUGGGAAAAAUCUCAUCAUAGCAACUUGAAUACCUACCUCUUCAUGAUGCAAGCUCAAGGCAUUCUGAUCCGGGACAACAUGAGAACAAUAGGCGCUCAGGUGUACGAGCAGGUGGUUCGGAGUGCUUAUGCCAAGAGGAAUAGCAGCGUAAAUGACUCAGAUUAUCCUCUUGACUUGAAUCACAGCGAAACCUUCCUACAAACCACGACUUUUCUUCCUGAAGACUUCACGUACUUUGCAAACCAUACCUGCCCCGAAAGGCUCCCUUCCAUGAAGGGCCCGAUAGACAUAAACAUGAGUGAAAUAGGAAUGGAUGCCAUCCAUGAAAUGUUCUCUAAAGACCCAGCCAUCAAGCUUGGAGGUCACUGGAAGCCAUCGGAUUGCUUGCCUCGAUGGAAGGUGGCCAUCCUCAUCCCUUUCCGGAACCGCCACGAGCACCUCCCAGUCCUGCUCCGACACCUCAUUCCCAUGCUUCAGCGCCAGCGCCUGCGGUUUGCAUUUUAUGUGGUGGAGCAAGUUGGCACCCACCCCUUUAAUCGAGCCAUGCUAUUUAACGUCGGUUUUCAAGAGGCAAUGAAGGACUUGGACUGGGACUGUCUUAUUUUUCAUGACGUGGAUCAUAUACCAGAAAGUGAUCGUAACUAUUACGGAUGUGGACAGAUGCCAAGGCACUUUGCGACUAAACUGGAUAAAUAUAUGUAUCUGCUUCCUUACACUGAGUUCUUUGGCGGAGUGAGCGGCUUAACAGUGGAACAGUUUCGGAAAAUCAAUGGCUUUCCUAAUGCUUUCUGGGGUUGGGGUGGAGAAGAUGACGACCUGUGGAACAGAGUACAGAAUGCAGGCUAUUCUGUGAGCCGGCCGGAAGGGGACACUGGGAAGUACAAGUCCAUUCCUUAUCACCAUCGAGGAGAAGUCCAAUUUCUUGGAAGGUAUGCUCUGCUGAGGAAAUCCAAAGAGCGGCAAGGACUGGACGGCCUCAACAACUUGAACUACUUUGCAAACAUCACGUAUGACGCCUUGUAUAAAAACAUCACUGUCAACUUGACACCCGAGCUGGCUCAGGUGACCGAGUACUGAGGGGAGGAGGAAACACAUGUUUGCUUCACCCGCCGCCACCAAGAAAGCAGCCUGACGACACGUCUCAGGGCUCCGCAGAGGAAGAGAACAGAAAUCCAGUGACUAAUGAAGGAUCACAGGGUUCAAGGGAAAAAUGUGAACAGAGUACACGCACAAAACGCCUUCACCAUUUGGACCCGCUGGGGUUGAGGGACUCAGCCCAGGAACUGACUUUCUCUUUUCACAAGACAGGCGUCUGUCCUGCUGCUCUCCUGCCCGUCUCCUACCCCCGCGUCCCACCUCGGCCACAAUCUCCAGGACCAGAGCUGUGACCUGCCACGGUCCUGCCGCCGAGCCUCUUCCUGCGAAUGGCUGCUGGAGCCUCCUGGCCUUCAGAGCAAGGAGGCCAACCCACCACCGGGCAGCGGUGUUUUAGGAAGAGAAAAUGAAACUCCACACACCAUUCUUCUACAUCUCUGGUGUUCUCUUUGGUUUCAUUU